AUGGCAUCCAUCGGCGGCAUCAUGGUGGCUUUGAUCACCCCCUUCACAGACGACAAGACCAAGAUCGACGAAGGCCGCCUCCAAGCCCACAUCGAGCACCUCAUUAAAGCCGGCGUCCACGGCCUCGUCCCUGGCGGCAGCACAGGUGAAUUCACUACCAUGUCCACAGCAGAGCGCAAGCAGCUCACAGAGUUGUGCGUGAAAUUCGCCGCCGGCCGCGUACCCGUCGUCGUAGGCACUGGUAGCACCUCCAGCGAUGAGGCCAUCGAGCUCUCUGCGCACGCGGCCAAGGCCGGCGCCGCGGCUGUCAUGGUUGUGCCUCCUUUCUACGAUCCCGUCAACCUGGAAGAGUUGCAUGAGAUGCUGGGCGAGAUUCACAACGCCUCCAAGCUGCCGAUUAUGUUCUAUAAUAUCCCCGCUGCGUCUGGCUUGACGCUCUCGCCGCAGGAGAUUGCGGGACUGUCCAAGGUCGGCGUCAAGUAUCUGAAGGAUACCUCUGGCAAUGCGCCUGCGCUCACCGAGUUAAUUUUCGGUCUAUCGGAUCAGAUUACUGCGUUUAACGGGUGGGAUUCCUUGACCUUCUAUGGUCUUGCGGCGGGCUGCCCUGGUGGUGUUUGGGGCGCUGCGAACUUUAUUCCCGAGUUGGCGGUUGAGCUUUGGGACGCUGUUGCCGUUAAGGGCGAUUUGAAGAAAGGUCGGGAGCUUUGGUCUAAGGCGUGGCCGAUUUGCAAGUUCCUUGAGUCUCAUAACUAUUGUGCGGCUGUUAAAACCGGUGUGGAAUUGAGUGGCCAACAGACUGGUGGGCUCCGGAAGCCUUUCUCGUUGUUGAAGCCUGAGUUGCAGGCGGAGUUGAAGGUGCUCCUGCAAAAUGCUGGUGUGAAGACUAUCUAG